UUCUACCAACAUCACCAUAACCCGCGCUUCACAAUGAGUCGCUCCACUUUUCACCAAUUCCCGAACUUGCCCGUCGAAAUACGGCUGCAAAUCUGGGAAGAUGCAUGUUUUGACUGGGGAAGUGGCCGUUUUGGUCUGCACUAUAUCAGAUUGAAUGAGAACAGGCAACUUGCCCCCCUGAACUGCAAUUGGGAAACGACCGGUCGAAACAGAUCGGCAUAUCUAUGGCACGCAGGCCUUUGGACGGCUUGCAAAGAAUCUCGAGAUAUUGUUGCCAAGCAUUGGAGUGAUCAGGGUUGGCCAGAUAUCCAGCAGAACACCAAAGAUAAAAGUCUUGGUGAUGUUAUCUGGGUCGAGUCGGAGCCUUUUCCUCCGCCCAUUUACCUUCGAAAAGGACUUAUACACAGGAAAGGUGAUUACGAAGCCUGGCAUCAAGUCGCUGAUAUGGAACGAGAUAUAUUUUGCGUCACUGCUGAGUCAUGGGAGCCACUGGUCAGGAACUGGAAACCCCUUCAUAUCGAAGCUGAGGAUGAAUGGGGGCGCCACUUUAUCGAUGACGUGAUGAACGUCGCUGUCGAGUUUGAUCCAUCCUGGUAUCAGACGAUCGAAAAGUUCAGUAAGGAUAACCCCAUCAGCGAUUAUCCUCCGUCUUUGGCCUUUUUGAUCAAAUUACUCUUUGACCAGGCCCACAACAAGAGACAUAGGAAGCUGGUUCAACUGAUCGAUAGAAACGUUCUAUGGCACGUCUCGGAUGAACGACUGAAUCUUUCCCCCCCGAUCUACAUCGAUUGCGAUCACGAAUAUCUCGAAAUACCUUCCCAUCGACUCAAGAGGGAUAGCCCACUUUCUCGUUUUCUGUCCUUGCUUGAUAUUUUGAUAGGCGACAAGUUGACCAAAAUCGAGUACGGAGAGCCGAGACGCAAUUAUGGUCCGAGCGAAUCGGAUUGGGAGCAGGACGAUCGACUCCCCCCCGAAGAACUAAUGGAAUUUGUCGUGAGGCGGGAUAACCUGCGUCCAUGGAACCUUAUCCGAUGAUAAGCCAAAAGGCUUAGUUAUCUUGGGCUAUCGCGCAGUAAACUCUGUGUUUUUGUCGGACCUUGUUGAGCGAGCAAAUGUUGUGAUGUUUACAUCGCGCGCCGCACAACGUCCACGGGACAGUACCUGGGUAUCUGGCUUUUCCCUCGAAUUCCAACUGUUGAUACACGGCUUGGUCAAUCCCCUUGUUCUCAUGCGCCACACGAACCUAGCCCCAAUGUGGCUUUACCAGCCGAUGUGUUCAGGAGCCUGUCUUGAUGAACGCGCCGGCUUUGCCAAUGGAGACUCUCGAGUUUGGCUUGGAGACAGAUUCGAGGAGAUGCGAAGAAAAGCGAACAUCAGCAGUACCUGACAUUUUUGGUUCAUGAUCUGGAUUUGUAAAAGGAGUACCUGUAAUAAAAAGGGGUUUUUUUUUUAACAAAUAAUUUUAUCUACUGUUUUAGAUCAGAGUGCGUUCAAUCGCAGUCGCUCUUUGGUAAUUACUUAUGGUAACAGUGGAGGUUAAUCUUUCCAACGCGUUAAAUAAUAAAUGAUGG